UUAAGAAACAAGUGAGUCGAGGGCCGGCGGAUUACUUCUACUUUGCCGGCAUGGAAUGGCCAAUGGCGUUCGGGGUAGAGACCAAGCGACUGGAACAAUACGAAGAAAUAGAGAAAUGACAGAAACAUCAAGCUGGAUUCUGAACUUGAAGCUCGAAAGGCAUUUGGUUUAAAAAUUCCCACUACAGGCGAUUCAUGAACGAAAUAUGCUUUGCAUGGAGACCCGAUCCUUCCCAUUAUCUUCUUAUCUGGAUUAGACCAUGGACCGGCUUGCUAAGAUUAAAUUACUCAAAUUGUGUAAGAGUUAUGUUUUUUUCAAGAGCAUCGGCACUUCUUUCGAACUCUCUAAUUUGUGUGCGCGCAGAGAUUAUUCAUACUGGUUUUUUCGUGAAUUGGGUUUUUAAACUGACAAAUAAAAAUCCUAAAUGCGGAUCGCUGGCCAGCAAUAUGGGUUGUUUCAAUACAUUGGCAGCUCUGGAUUUCGAAUUCUACGCUUCUCAAUUGAUCAGAUGUACCAAUGUAAAAACUUUGAAACAAAUCCAUACCCGUAUGCUCAUUUGUGGCCUCGACCAAAACAUGUUUUUGGGUACCAAGCUUGUGAGAUUGUAUGCAAUGUUGGGUAGUCUGAACAACGCUCGCCAAGUGUUUGAUAGAAUGUAUAAACAAGAUGCUUUCUUGUGGAAUGUGAUGAUUAGAGGAUAUGCUACAUUUGGCCAGUGCGAGGAAACGCUGAUGCUUUACAACCAAAUGCAGCAGGUAGGCCUACAGCCAGACUGCUUUACUUUUCCCUUCGUUCUUAAGGCAUGUGGUGGUCUCUCAGCUAUACACGAAGGUAAGCGAAUCCAUGAACAAAUAGUUGAAAUCGGUCUUGAAUCAAAUGUAUAUGUGGGAGCUGCCCUUGUAGAUAUGCAUGCCAAAUGCGGGAGUAUGGAGGACGCACGCCUAGUGUUUGAAAAAAUGUAUACUAGAGACGCCGUCUUGUGGUCUGUGAUGAUUGUGGGAUACGUCCAGAGUGAGAAUGCUCCUGAAGCCCUGAGUCUUUUCAAUCAAAUGUUGCUCACAGAUUUGAAACCUAAUGCAAUUACUAUUGCAAGUGUUAUCUCAGCAUCUGCUGCCAUGGGAGAUCUGCAACAAGGUGAGUUGAUUCAUGAGUAUGCAGUAAAAAAUGGAUUUGGUUCAGAUGUUUCAGUGGUGAAUUCGUUUGUAGCUAUGUAUGCUAAGUGCGGGAAAUUGCAGGUUGCUCGUGACUUGUUUGACAAAAUGUCUGAACGAGAUGUUGUCUCUUGGAAUGGAAUGAUUGCGGGGUAUCAACAUAGUGGAGAUGCUAGUAAAGCCUUGGCACUUUUCCAUCAAAUGCAGCUGGAAGAUGUUAAACCGGACUUACUCACCAUGGUGAGUGUGCUUGCAGCGUGUGCUGACUUGGGAGAUAUGCAGCGGGGCAGGUGGAUGCAUUCUAGCAUCAUAAAAAGUGGACUUGAAUUGUAUGUUUCUAUCGGCAAUUCUCUUAUAGUGAUGUAUGCUAAGAGUGGGAGUGUAUGUACUGCACGUCUAGUUUUUGACUUAAUGCCUAAGAGAGAAUUGGUUUCGUGGAAUGCAAUGAUUGCGGGUUAUUCUCAGAAUGGACUUGCCAAUGAAGCUUUAGAUCUUUUUCAUGAAAUGCAGGUGGCAGAUGUGAAACCAAACUCUUCUACCUUUGGAGUUUUGCUAUCAGCUUGUGCUCAUUCUGCAGCUUUGGAGCAAGGCAAGCAGAUUCAUGAUUGCAUAAUUGCAAGCAAACUUGAUUCAGAUCUCUUCGUUACUACCUCCUUAAUAGACAUGUAUGCAAAAUGUGGGAGUCUAGAAGUUGCGCGACUGUUGUUUGACAAAAUGAACACCAGAGAUGUGGUUUCAUGGAAUGCAAUGAUUGCAGGUCAUGCAGGCCUAGUGGAUGAAGGAUGGCAAUACUUUGCUUGCAUGAGUCAAAUUUAUUGCAUUGCACCCAUGGCAAGGCAUUAUGCAUGCAUGGUUGACCUUCUUGGUCGUGCAGGGCAGUUAGAUAAAGCAUACGACUUCAUCCAAAAGAUGCCAUUAGAACCCGAUGCUGGUGUGUGGGGUGCCUUACUUGGUGCCUGUAGAAUCCAUUGCAAUAUUAAGAUUGGGGAAAAAGUGGCAGAACGUAUUUUUUACAUAGAUCCGGGAAAUGCUGGAUAUUAUGUAUUACUGUCAAACAUCUAUGUUGGAGCUGGGAGAUUUGCUGAUGCAGCAAAGCUCCGUGCAAUGAUGAAAGACAAAGGAGUUAAAAAGAAUCCAGGAUGCAGCUUAAUUGAAAUAGAUAAUAGGGUUCACACCUUCCUUGUAGGUGAUAAAUCACAUCCUCGGUCUCAAGAAAUUUAUGCAGCAUUGCAGGUUUUGGUUGCUAAGAUGGAGGAAGCAGGGUAUGUGCCUAAUACAAACUUUGCACUUCAUGACAUUGAAGAUGAGACGAAGGAACACUUACUUUAUAGUCAUAGUGAGAGGUUGGCCAUUGUUUUUGGGCUUAUAAGCACAAGCCCUGGUACUCCUAUCCGUAUUACAAAGAAUCUUCGUGUCUGUGGUGACUGCCAUACAGCUAUUAAGUUCAUUUCCAAUAUUGUUAAACGAGAAAUUGUUGUGAGGGAUGCAAAUCGUUUCCAUCAUGUGAAGGGUGGUUUGUGUUCUUGUGGUGAUUACUGGUGAUACUAAUAAAAGCAGUCUACAAAAGCAUUUGCUCACUAAUGUUGUGGUUUACUUGUACGUUCUCAUUUGUGUCUGCAUUGACCACUUGAGACGACAGUAAGUUAUUAUGCAUUUUGUUGAGUCUUUUCUCCUACAAAAUACAAGUUGGGAGGUGGAAGGCCAAGAACAAAUGACAAAGAAGGUUUGAAUAUUUAUUUCUAAAUCUAUAUAUUUAUUACUGUUCUUUUUUUU